UAUAUAUUUUUUAACCUUUAUUUAAUUAGGCAAGUCAGUUAAGACAGCCUAGCAACAGUGGGUUAUAACCACCUGUUCAGAGGCAGAACGACAGAUUUGUACUUUAUCUGCUCAGGGUUUUGAACUUGCAACCUUCCGGUCACUAGUCCAACGCUCUAACCACUAGGCUACCCUGCUGCCUCCUCAUGUUGUUCAACAUGAAGAGAAAAUAUGUUUAGGAGAGCACAGAAGUAUCUAAAAAGUGUAAGAAAUGUUCAUCAGUACUAUGGGCCUGCCCUAAUACUAUCAGGACCAGUCGUCAUGGAGACUUGUUUAUAUGGAGCAGCUAACAAAGAACACUAGAUGGGGCUGUGGACCAAGAACACAGUUAUAGUUUGCUAUGAACAGAAGUGGAGAGUUCACUGCUAAGCCAGGGUCCUGUCCUGAGGGUGUUGUGGAGGCACCCAGGAGUGGAGGGUGUGAAUGGGACUUAAACUGCCCAGGCUGGAAAAAGUGCUGCCAGAGAGAAGGCCUUUCUCUCUGUACUGACCCUCAGUCUGCAGGCAGUAGAAGCUGGUGCUUUCACGUCACUAUGACAGCGAAGAUAGAUUACCAGUGGCUGAUAUCCAUGGACGGGGGAAUCCUGAACCACACAAGGCUGCUGCACUCUGUGGUGACUGGAGCGCUGGACUCUUAUGACGUCUCUGUAUACUAUAUCAGAUCCUGGCCUAUAUGGCCAUUUAGAACCUCCUCCUCUCUGCUGAUUAGUUCCCCUGAAAUUCUGUCCCUGUCCAACACGACCACAAAGCUGCACCUUCUUCUCAUACACAUUGAAGAAGUCACCUCAGUGUCAGUUGAAGACAUGAAUGAGUGUAGCCAUGCCGCUCUCAGCAGCUGCUCACGUCAGGCAGACUGUGCCAACACAGAGGGCUCCUACAGCUGCACCUGCCAUCCAGGAUUAAUUGAUCUCAACCCCAACAACAAAGGGGUACACUGCCAAGCUGCUGACCCUGUGACCUCACUCGUGCCCAGUAAUGCCACUCAUACCAGCUAUCAGUCCUGGGUCAGUCCUGGGUCAGUCCUGGGUCUCCAGCUUUACUGAUACCCCAACAGCCAUAGCUACAACCACAAACAGGAGCAUGAUGCUGAACUGAUGCUGAACUGCAAGGCAGACACAUCACCAGCAGACCAGCACUAUGCCACAAACCAGCCUGGAGCCCACUCUGGUGGUGUCACUGAGUGUAUCACCACCAUCUCCAUCCACAUGCUACCCCGCCCCCAUCACCAACCUGCAGGCUUCCAGUGUCACUGGCUCAUCCUUCUACGUGUCCUGGAUGACUGACCAAUCCCAGAGCGGGUUUAGCUUUCUGGUGGUGCUGAUGGAGGGGUCAAAGGUCAGGGGACGCUGGGAGACGGGGCUGUCAGUCUGGGAGGUGACAUUGUUGAAGCCUGGGGUUCUCCACAACGUUACUGUCAUUUCCUGUCCCUAUGGGAGUCAGGGGGCCAGCCUGCUGGUUAAGACUGCUGCACAGACACUUGAAGCAACAGCUCACCUGACCAAUGUGCAGUUCACUGAUGCCCUGCUGGACCCUACUAGCCAGAUGUAUCAGAAUCUUAGUCGUAGUAUUAUGGAAGAGAUCCUCCAGUCUCUCCCUCCUGAUAUUCUGGCCCUGGUAAACUCAGGAGAUGUGAGGGUUCAGAUCACAGGCCUGGCCCCCGGCAGUGUAGUAGUGAACUUCACCAUCAUCUUCACACCCAGUCAGUCCCUGGACAUCCUGAAAGUGUCCUCUGUUCUGAUGCAGGCCCUACAGAACAGCUCCAGAUACACUGUCGACAGCAACAACACCAGCAUAGAUGAUGUUGAUGAGUGCAGUACAGGGGACAUGGACUGCUUCCCAUGGGCCCAGUGCACUAACACCUGGGGCUCCUACAGCUGUCUCUGUCUGGAUGGAUUCACGGACUCUAACCCCUCUAGGCCGGGACAGGUCUGUUCAGCUCCUUUGACCACAACCACACCUAUGUCCACAACCACACCUAUGUCCACAACCACACCUAUGUGCACAACCACAACAAACACUCCGGUUACAACCAGCAAUACAGUGUCAACCACUACCACCUAUAAUACAACCUCAAUUACAUCCAACAAUACAGAUGCAGCUACAAUGAACGCACCCGUUAUAACCACUGUCAACAAUACAGUUAGAAUCAACAACACAGUUUCAACCAAAACUCCAGUCACAAUCACAACCAUGGCGCAAGUUACAACCUCAACCAUCACUGAAGUUCCUACAAAAAGAUUUAGAUGCAAGUGGCUGUUCCACUGGAUGCCAUAAGGUGUAUGCACCAAUUUGUAAGUCACUCUGGAUAAGAGCGUCUGCUAAAUGACUUAAAUGUAAAUGUAAAUGUAAAAUGACCAGCGGUCUCAUCAAAACCAGUCUGCAGCCUGAGACUCCUACAUCUCUGGCUCCUCUGGUCUCUUAUACGGAAGCCAUCUCAGUGGAGUGCAGGGCCAGUGCCAUCACGGUGACAGUGGCCAGGGACUUCCUGUGGUCGGGGCACAUUGGGGACUCUUCCCUGUUCCUAGGGAGACAGGAGUGUGGCGUGAACGGAGGGAACAGUAGCCACGUCCAGCUGACGGUGGCUUGGGACGAGUGUAACACACAGCUCUUCUCUCUCUCUCUCUGUGUCUCUGUCCUCUCUCUCUCUCUCUCUCUCUCUCUCUCUCUCUCUCUCUCUCUCUCUCUCUCUCUCUGUCUCUCUCUCUCUCUCUCUCUCUCUCUCUCUCUCUCUCUCUCUCUCUCUCUCUCUCUCUCUCUCUCUCUCUCUCUCUCUCUCUCUCUCUCG